AUGUCCUUACCAAUUCAACCAUCCCCGACCAUCCUCCUCCCAGACCUCCCUCCGAAGACUCUUGUCGGCAUCGAUCUCAUAACCUUUACCUCUACUGCCAAUUUCCACGGAAUCAGAGACCUUCCCGGUGGAUGGCACUUCCUAUACACCGGCACAACAGAGAGUCUAUCCCUCCGCUCUGGAGCAUGGUUCUACAUUGGCGACGUCACCGCAGUUGGAUACGAAAAAAUUGACUCUGCACUCGUACCGCAUACGAAAAAAUCAACACAGAACAACGGGCCGGAGAUCUACAUCUGGAAAUGGAGUGCUGACACCGAAUCCCUCAUUUCAUUAAAAGGCGACAACGGCACCCAUUGUCAAGAAGCCAUGCGCCACAAAGCUAAUCUAGGCGCGGUAUGGCAGAGUGGGGGCCUAUUCCGGUACCGAAGUCGCGUGUCCAAGUCCAUGGUCACCAACGCCGAAGGAACAAAAGACGGAGAAGCAGCAAAGCUGGAGGAUGACGAGGAAAGUGAGGAAAGCGGCCGCAAAGAUUGGCGACGUCUUACCGAUCGGAUCUCUCCGGGUAUUCUGACGCGCAUGAUUGGAAACCCGAAUUACGACGUUGAUGCGCAUCCGCGAUGGAUGGUCACCUCUGCCAGUACGGCAAACCGCGAUGCUGAUCACAUUCCUGGACUUGAACCGCGGAAGGUGGGAGAGGAUGGUGUUCCACAGACCACUGGUGAACAAGAACGGGAGUUUGGGUUUCUUCCCAUUGACCUGAAGCAUACGUGGCGUGAAGGUGCCAUUGGCCGCGAAAGGACCGAGGCGGCUCAGGAUCGUUCUUGGGCAUUGGGGGAUUUGAUGGAUCGAUUCUCCAGCUAUAAGAAUCCGGCUACCGGUGAAAUGGUAUUCAAUGGGCAGCUGGGAGAGGCGCAAAUUCUGGGAGAGUUGCAAUUCACUUUCAUGAUGGUGUUGACCAUGAUGAACUACUCUUGCCUGCAGCAGUGGAAGCGAUUACUCGAGCUUGUCUUGACAUCUUUCAGGGCUAUUGUAGAUCAAGAAGGGUUCAUGAGUGAGUUUGUGGCCUUGCUGCUCAGGCAACUGAAACGAUGCGACGACGUUGAAGGUGGGUUGUUUGAAAUGGAUGGAGAUGAUGGCGGUGCGUUCCUUCGCGAUCUGCUGAAGAAAUUUCGCCGGUCAGUAUAUCAAGCUGUCGAAGAAGGCAAGGGAUCCUUGGUCAAGAAAGAACUUGCAAGGCUGGAGAAUUGGGUGAAGGAGGAGUAUGACUGGGAGCUGACACACGAGACUCUUGUCAAGCGUGGCAUGAUUCAACUGGAAGACGGCGAAGAGGUCGAAAUAGACAUGGACGACAAUGACGAAGAUGAGGAGACUGGCGAGUACGCACCCAUGAUCGUUGAUUCGGAGCAAGCUACUCUCUAG